AUGGCAUGUGUGGUUUUUAUAGGGGGUCCAUCAGGAACGGGAAAAAGUACGGUGUCCCAGGAACUUGUCUCGCAGCUUUCGAAGACUGUGAAAUGUUGCUUGAUCGAAGGUGACGAAUGGCACAGUUUGGCAAACAUCGAAAAGAUGAGCAACAACAUUCCUCUCACUGACGAGGAUCGAUGGCCUUGGUUAAAGAAAUUGGCGCAGCUUGCUUCAUUAAAUGCAAAGGAUUACGAGGUAGUCGUUAUCGCCUGCUCAAUGUUGAAAAAGUCAUACAGAGAUCUUUUGAAAUCAGAAUUGGCAAAUGAUAAGAACAUUACCAAGUUAUCUUUGUUCUUACUUUGUAACACCUAUGAAAAUGUGCUACGGCAGAUGAAACAGAGGAAAAACCAUUUUUUCAAGGAGUCAAUGUUAAGAUCUCAGUAUGACACAUUUGAGAAACCAGAUGAAUCUGUGGAAUCAGGAGUGUACAUUUUGCACUGUGAUCACAAGACACAAAGAGAACUAGCUGAUGAAAUUAGAGGGAAGCUAUAA